GCGGCUGGCGCUCACCGGCAGUUCCAGCUCCCGUAACGGCUCCUCCCGCCGCCGGCUGCUCCCGCCGAUACCUCAACCCACUAGAACUUUCUCCCACUUCCGCUUCCGGGUCGCCUCAAGAGCCGCCUAAAAAAACUAAAUUUGGCGCUUCUAGCUGCUUAGAGCCAUAGAGUUGAGGCGCUCUGGACCUCGACGGCAACCUUAGCAGACGCUCCUUUUCGGUCGACUCGCGGGAAGCCGGGCUGCCUUGUUUGAUUUCUCUUCUCGGGCAGCAUUUCCGGUCUCGGAGCAGAGGCCUGGGUGAAGAAAACUUCUUUUCCCCGCUGCACGGCAUCCGGAACUCAAGGACCUAGCGUCGGCCCACUUGGCGGCAGGAAGAGAUAGAGGGUCGGACAAGGAGGGAGGAGGGUGGCCGGAGGCUUACGGCAGAGCGCCGGAAGUACUGCUCUUGGAAGGGUCCGACUCAGGCCGAACCGUGUCAGGCUUUUAGGAGUCGGGCAGGAACCGGAGACGCUGAAGACCUGGGUCCAAGCAAACUCCACCGUCUUGCGCACCGGCAAGUUCAUUUUCUGGGCUUUCGCUGGCUCGGCUGCGAAGUGAGUCGUGGACAAGCCACUCCCUGCGUCCAGCCUAGAGGACGGGAUCGUUCCAGCGGCGCCGUGGGAGAAGAGGGCCAGAAGGAAAUAGAGUAAGAUUUCAAUCCAAGCAGUUAGAUUUCAGAGCCCACAUUCUUAACGAGGACACGGUCACUCCUCAGUCAAAGGUCCCUCCCCACCUUCAAAGCAGUCCUGGGUUCUGAUCCUGCCACCCAAGAAACUCAGGAGAGGCAGACAGCCUCUGCGCCUCACCGCCCUGGAACAGGACCAGCAUGUCUCAGGCCACCAAGAGGAAGCAUGUGGUGAAGGAGGUGCUGGGGGAGCAUAUGGUGCCCUCUGACCAGCAGCAGAUCGUGAGGGUACUCAGGACCCCAGGGAACAAUCUGCAUGAAGUGGAGACAGCCCAGGGGCAGCGCUUCCUGGUAAGCAUGCCCUCCAAAUACCGCAAGAACAUCUGGAUCAAGAGAGGGGACUUUCUCAUCGUUGACCCUAUUGAAGAGGGGGAAAAGGUGAAGGCUGAGAUCUCCUUUGUGCUCUGCAAAGACCAUGUGCGCUCUCUGAAGAAGGAUGGGCUCUGGCCUGAAGCCUUUGAGGUGGCUGAGAAACACAACAACAACAGAAACAGGCCAACUCAGCCAGAACUCCCAGCUGAGCCACAGUCAUCGGGAGAAGAGUCCAGCUCGGAAGAUGAUUCUGACCUCUUUGUUAACACCAAUCGUAGACAGUAUCACGAGAGCGAGGAGGAGAGCGAAGAGGAGGAGGCAGCCUGAGGCUCCAGGACCCACUUUUCAUCUUGCUCAGAGACAAGUCCUUGGCUCCUCUCUGACCUUGGACAAUUCCAGGGUGCUCUGCAGAUCUUCCCCCCAAUGGGGACAAGGCAGGACUCCUCUCUGAACUGACCUUCUGACUCAGGAGAAUUAAACCCCUGGUGGGUGGUGACUUGUGCUAGUGUCCGAGUGGCUCUCUGGAGGGAGAAGGGACCUGUGAUACAGUUAAAAAUUGCUCCUUGGUAGAGGUCUCAUGGGCAGGAACUAGGGAAUGGCUGGACAUUUGGAAUGAAUUUGAAAUUAAGGAGGGAACUAAGGUUUCCUAGGUCCCCCUCUUUCUCUCUCUCUCUCUCUCUCUCUCAUUGGGCACUUAGUAAGUGGCAGGCCCUGUGCUCUUUCUCCGUGCAUGUACUUUAUAAGUGGGAACAGUCCCACUUUAUUGCCUGCUCUCAACCAAUACUGAUUCAGGCUUUCAGGAUCACAGCCAUAGGACCUAGUCCCCCGUUGCCUCUAAGAAACACUCAGGAUGAAUUUCAUAGUACCUCGUAAACUGAUUCCCCUGCAUUUCUAGUCACCAUGACUGCAGGAAUGCCCACCCCCAUGCUGCUGUGUGCAUCCCCUGGUUGCUGGACCCUUCUAGCAACUUAGACCAUCACUCCUCAGCCCUCUGAUAAAACAUAUCAUCCCACUUACCUCUUUUUUUUUAACCUCUGGCUAUAUGUUACUCCUCCUCAUUGCUGGCAUUGACCUUGUAGUCUCUGCGCAGACUACAAGAGUUAAUCUCCUGGCUUAGAGUCUUUUACUUCUGCUUAGUCAUUUUCUACAUCCCAUGGAUGGGCCUGUUCAGCACUGUGGCUCUUUAGUUCCUUGAUAAUCCCCAUCACUAAUCCGGGUCUUCUAUUCCGGCCUGCUGCCUACACCUCUACCCACUGGACCCCUGAUAUCAGUAGAAAUUGUAACAACUUUUGAAGUCAGAUACCUGUACAAUCACCGCCUUCUGGCUUUCUUGUUUACUUGCUCAGCUACCCCCCUCUGCAAAAAUUCUUUAUCUUCCAGCCCCACCACAUUCUCACCAUUUCUCCCUUCGCUUUCCUCCUUCUGCAACUUGGAUUCCAUGGCCCACACCCUCCACUCUCUUGUCUUCCUCCAUUGUAUUCAGCUACUAAUACCUCACCCCAGCCAAUCCAAUCACUCACUUCUGUGACUAUUAGAGAAAACCACCAACUGGGCUCACUUGUUUUACCUUAAGUUUAUAAUUGUAAACCUCAAAUGAACCCUCAGCACUGCCUAACAGAUCAACUCUGGGGUGUAUUUUGAAACUUCUUAUCUUGUCUACCUAUUUCCCCUUCCCCUGCUAGUUACCACAGCGUAUACUUCAUUAAGAAAUAGUAGGCCACCCUGACUGGUGUGGCUCAGGUGGUUGGAGCACCAUCCCAUACACCAAAAGGUGGCGGAUUGAAUUCUUUUUUUUUUUUAAUCCAUUGAUUUUUUACAGAAAGGAAGGGAGAGGAAUAGAGAGUUAGAAACAUCGAUCAGCUGCCCCCUGCACACCUCCUACUGGGGAUGUGCCAGCAACCAAAGUACAUGCCCUUGACCAGAAUCGAACCUGGGACCUUUCAGUCCACAGGCCGACGCUCUAUCCACUGAGCCAAACUGGUUAGGGCUGAAUUCUUGAUCAGGAUAUAUACCCAGGUGGCAGGUUUGAUCCCCAGUCAGAGUAUGUGUGGGAGGCAACUGAUCCAUGUUUCUCACAUGGAUGUUUCUCUUCUCCCCUCUCUCUAAAAAUCAAUAAAACUAUAUGUAUCUAUACAUAUAAAAGGCUAAGCUACCAUCCCGCCAAUAGGUAUGACACGCACUGACCACCAGGGGGCAGACGCUCAAUGCAGGAGUUGCUGACCUGCAGUAACUUGGCAGUGGAGGUUCUUGGGUGAUGUACCGGAGAAAUCUACACUAAUAAAAUAGUAAGAUGCAAAUUGACCGUACCUUUGUGAUGCCCACCAGCCAAUCAGGAGUGGGUAUGCAAAUUAACCCAAUAAAGAUGGGUUAAUUUGCAUACGCAGGUGAUGAGCGGCUGGGUCACAGGUGUUCCACACCGCCCCAGCUGCUCCGGGCCUCUGGGAAGCGUGGGAAGGUGGAAAGGCGGCGAAGGCGGUGCCGGCAGCCAGGGGAAGGAAGGAAGGCCCAUUCUUGUAUGAAUCUUCGUGCAUCGGGCCUCUAGUAUGUUAAUAGUAAUAUUAACAUAUUCUAAUUAAUUUCCUUUCAAUGUGCACAAAUCUGUGCACCAGGCCACUAGUAUACCACACACAUCUUUUUCCUUUUUCUUUUUUAAGAAAAUAAGAAAUAGUAGGCCAUUGGUGAGAAUUCACACCUCCCCAUUACCAAGCCUACAAUGUCUUCAUGGAUCUUCCUGUCUUUUUACUUCCCAUUGGAAUCCAAUGGGAUUUCAACCUUUCCACAUGUAUCUGCUCCUCUCCUCACUUUCUAUUAUGUUGCUUAGUAUGGCUUUAAAUAUACAUACAUAUGUAUGUAUUUGUGUGUAUGUGUACAUACAUAUGUUUAUAUAUAAAGAGAGAGAGCCCUACCUGGUUUGGCUCAGUGGAUAGAGCAUCAGUCUGUGGACUUAAGGGUCCUGGGUUUGAUUCCAGUCAAGGACACAUGCCUGAGUUGUGGGCUCGAUCUCCAGUGUGGGGCAUGGAGGAGGCAGCAAUCAAUGAUUCUCAUCAUUGAUAUUUCUAUCUCUCCCUCUCCCUUCUCUGAAAUGAAUAAAAAUACGUUUAAAAAAAUAAUGAAAACAUGUAUAUAUACAAACAAAGAGUAAACAUCAGAUGAGGUAGAGACAAAUGUGUAUUAAUUCGUUUGAAGUUUGUUUUUUAUGGGAGAGAGCUAACUUUCUAAAGGAUGUGGCCACUUGUCCCUACGUCAUUUAUUAAAUGGUUCAUUCUUUCCUCAUUGCUUUAGAAUACCUUUUAAAAUAAAUUGUAUUCCUGCAUAUAUGUGGA